CACCGGCAAUAUAAUCACGGUGGGAAAGAGGUGAAAUCGGAGAGCGAAUUGGCGGGAACAAAUCCAUCGCAUAUAAAUACAGCCACUGAGAAGCCCCAAUUUUCUAGGUUUAUUUCUUCUUUUUCUUAGUGAGCUUUUUCUCUGUUGGAAGUUAUUUGAAAAUGGGGAAGAGGAAGAAAUCUAGGGUUUCCGAGGAACGAGAACCAGAAGAUGUAGAAAUGCAAGAAGAGAAAGAUCACGAGCAAGAGGAUAACGAUCGCAAUCCACCUUCCGAGAAAACCCUAUACGAGGUUCUUGGUGUGGAGAAAUCAGCUUCUCAACCGGAAAUAAAGAAAGCAUACUACAAGUUGGCUUUACGACUCCAUCCAGACAAAAAUCGUGGUGACGAGGAGGCCAAAGGAAAAUUUCAGCAACUGCAAAAAGUGAUUGCAAUUCUUGGAGAUGAGGAAAAACGAGCAGUCUAUGACCAGACUGGUUGUGUGGAUGAUGCUGAUCUUGCCGGUGAAGUUGUUCAGAAUCUACAUGAAUUUUUCCGAGUCAUGUAUAAAAGGGUGACUGAAGCAGAUAUUGAAGAGUUUGAAGCAAACUAUCGAGGAUCUGAUGCAGAAAAGAAAGAUUUGAUUGAUCUGUACAGGAAGUGUAAGGGCAAAAUGAAUAGGCUCUUUUGUUCAAUGCUCUGUUCAGACCCUAAGCUCGAUUCACACCGAUUCAAAGACAUUCUUGAUGAGGCAAUAGCUGCAGCUGAACUGGAAUCAACUAAAGCAUACAAAAAAUGGGCGAAGAAAGUAUUGGAAACAAAACCGCCUACCAAUUCCUUAAGGAGGAAGGUCAAGUCAAGUAAGCAGCCAAAGUCCUAUCUGCAUGCAUUGAUAUCUCAGCGACGAGAGCAAAGGAAAGACCAGUUUGAUUCCUUAUUUUCAUCUCUUGUGUCCAAGUAUGGUGGGGGCGGUCCUUCUUCAGAACCUAGUGAAGAAGAAUUUGAGGCUGCGCAAAAGAGGCUCAAAAGGCGCAGGCACUCUCAGAAGUCAAAGCCAGAGUCUUGAUUGCGGGAUGUAGUUGUGAUCUAUUCUAUAAUUACCAAAUAAACUUUUGCUUUCAUGAACUCAUUGAAAUGUCUUGUUUAGUAUUAUGUAGACGUGAUUGCGAACUCUAUGCAUCACGUUUAGUAUUAUGUAGACGUGAUUGCGAACUCUAUGCAUCACUUGCUAAAAGCAUUAGCUCUCAAAAUCAGCUUCUACUUGUAAU